UUCUCUUUCCUACUUUACAAAUUUGUUGCGACAAAGUUAUCCAGUAUUCACCAAAGGUGUAUAUGGUACUGUGGCUACGUUGUCGAUAACGCCGGCCGCUGUUCGCGCGUUUGCGACCGCCUCACAUGCCGAAGCCUGUUGCGCAAGUCGCAAAUUCAUCCCCGCCCAUAAUGAGUUGUGUUCAGUCACCAUGUCAUUUAAUCCGGUUCCAUAUUACCAACUUGUCGUGGACGACAGGUCGGCCUGGACAUACUCUCGACGCGGACGCUAAGGACUAUACAGUCGUGUUGUCGAAUGGUUGACAAGUUCGUGAGCACGGUGCCACCUCUGGAGGUAUCUGUAUCUUAAAGGCGUCUCCGUACAUGUAUACGCACCUGCCGCAUAUGACCAUUUGAGCCUUUCUCGGCUCAGCCAAGUGCCAAGCGUCCGCCGCUGCGCCCGCUUUGUUGUUGGUGUUUUUUUGUGGGUCGCUCCAUGCAUCUUCCACUCCUUUUGCCGGCCUGUUUGUACUCGUUUGAUGGAGCAGAUUUCGCGACUUCUUUCCGUUUUAUGGCAGAAUUUUUGCCCAUUCACGAGUCAUCAUCGUCUCCUUCAUUCUCUACCCUCCACUGGACUUUGGAGAUCUUCUUUCCACCGUGACGUAUGCGCGAGAUUUAAGGAGCCCAAGGUGAAUUGACUAAUGAUACUUAUAAAACCCGACACUAAAGGCGCAACAUGGGGAGUUAACUUAGCUUCCGGGAUGCCGAUAUCAGAGCUCCGGUUUCCCCACGAAAUUAUGACCUCAUGGCUACGCAUUUUGGAGGAGUAGGCUGGUAUUCCUUCAGCGUCUCAGACGCAUUUCGGAUGUGGACCGUGUGGGCUCGCAAACGGCUGCAUCGACUUGCUACCGUGCGGUCAAGAAAACAAAAAGAAGUGCCUAUCGUCCGAAAGCACGAGCAGUCAAUUGUACUACGCGCGGAAGUGCCACCUGCGGAUUGCAACUAGACUGAUUUUCUUGAGCGGCGAUGCCUACGCAUGUGUUGUAUCAUUAUUGGUCAUUGUGGAAAUCGCGUGUUUCAAAUACGGAACCGACUCCAGAACCGAUAUUUUUGCCCUGGAUGCGUGGAACCACCUCUCGACCUUGUCUUUUUCUCCUGGGGCUUAACCAUCUACCCUGAGGAAUGGUGGUGGUCAGCCGACACAUUCGUGCGCUGAACAAGUCCACCGCUUGCGGAGUCUUCUACUGGAGGUAGUGUCUGAACACUGCUUCGCUGCUGGAUCUGUUCCAGCCUGCUGGGAUGGAGGACUGCGCCUGAGUUGACGGCGAGAUACGCAUUACGGUAGGGUUCAGGGAAGGUUCAAGAAGAUGGAGUCUCGAAUGGGUAAAAAAAGUAAACAGCGAUGUGGCAUGUUCCCCUACGGAGGUUCAAAUGUAGGAGCUGGUCUUUCUCACGACGCGGCGGAAAUUACCACUGACGAGAACAGCGCAUGCUCUACAGGUUUAGAAUGCAGCGAAAGGUGUGUGCAUCCACAGAGCAUACUCGAAAAGCGACUGGAAGUUCCUGGCACAGCACAGGUGUCUACCUUUCACGUUGAAGAAGAUUGUGGGGGCAUCCGGGUUCUUACCGACCACCUGCGCAUCCGAUGUUGUUCUCCUAUGCUACCGGAAUUAAACUGUGCGCUGCUAGAUGACUCUGGCACGAGGGAAACGCAACAUGGAGGUGACGGCGACCAUGGCGGUGUAACACAGGAGCUCUUUGUGGAUUCAGAGAACCAUGAUUUUGCUUUCUCGAGAACGGAAGGCGGUGAAACUGUUCAGGAACGGUGGUGUCGGUUGCUGACGCCUUUUCCACCGUUCCUGAUAUCGUUGUGGGCCCGACAGUUGCAGUUGCAACAGGCCGCUCUGGACAAGGGUCUUCUUCCCCUUCCUCUGCACAAUCCGUCGUCAUUCUGUUUCCUCGCCGCGUCUCUUCAAGCCCUGGCUUCUUUGUCUCCCCUACUCGAUCUCCUUCAUGGGCUCACAUACCUUAGGUUGCUUCGCAAGCACCUCGGCGCUGCGAACUCGUCUCCGUAUCUGGAUUCGAUAUCGGUGCGAGCGUGCCAAAACAAGCAGUGCGAUUUUGGUGUGAGUAGCCUCCACGACGAGGAUGUGCAAGAACGAGAAGCUGCAGAUUUUCAUCCGACUCCAAGGUCAAGGUUUGCUAGCGAUUUAUCCCCUUCUGGUCAAACCCUGAGACGGAAGCUCGUCGAUAGUCCGCGUGAGCUUCCGCACAUUCUAUUGACCUGCUUUCUAAAUCUCAACCGUGGCCUGUAUGUGCCAUCUUUGUCAGGCUUACGCGCCGCCACCGAUGUGGGUCCGUGUAAAGAGCCACAAAGCGACGAUAAGGACCUUAACUCUCUGACUGAUCGGGAACAAAAUGCUGUGAAAACGCCUGUAGACCGUAGUGUGCUCGCGAGCAUCCAGAGCGACGAUAACGAGACGCCUGCUGACAACUAUGGUGGCUGCGGGUUCGAAACGGUGGAGUGGAUACUGGAUUCCGGCCGUUCCGCUGGUGCCGUUUCAUCUUUGUUUGAUCUCCUGCAAACCCUCGAAUGCGCGCUUGGUUCAACGGCCAGCCUGAGCGCCAAGACCCUGGAUACGGCAGAGGCCUGCCCGGACAGCCUGGAUGAGAUUUCACGGCAUGAAGCGAAGCGAAAUUUCCGCGAAGGGCGGGCUGAGUGCCGCAGGUGCGACGACACUCACAACAUUCUUACAAGAGUAAGUGAGGCGUCACGGUUAAGCUCGGCCACUCUGGAGCGAGAAAGGCGUCAGAUUCUGAAGACCCAUCAGAGCAAGACAACGGUGACGCAGCACGGCAUGGCCGCUGCAGUGUACAGGGAAAUAUGCCGUGCUGCGCACACUCGUUUUCCAGGUGACGUCAGACAUUUCGGUGGAGCUUCCGGCAGUGACAUGUUUAUGCAAGAGCAAGACGCACACGAGUUCCUUCAAGCGCUUCUGGAGGAAUUAGAUGAGGACUGUCACUGUGCUGGACAGUUGUGCUCCCAGCUCUCAGACAUCCUUGAGGACGCAAUUGCAAACAUCUCAACAGAGGACUUGCACAAAACAGGACGGCAAACUCACAGCCAUACUACGUCAUUGAGGACGAACGGAAGACCUCAAAAUACCAACCCCAACAGGCGAUUCUAUACGGGCACGAAAGACGGUACCACGGCAUGCCAAAACGUGCUGGGAGAAAAUCAGAAGAAACACCAAACGCACGACGUCAGGCCUGGAGUCGACAACGAAAUGGUUGUGGGUUCGACUUCAGGCCCUUCCAUAUCUUCUCAGCAACAGAAGGAAAUCCUGCCUAACGACCGCCACAGAAAAGCCACUGCCCUUCGAUUUGCUCGCCCGCAAAUGAGAGGAGUCUUUUCGGGGGAAAUCGCUGAAUUCACUCGGUGUCUUGUUUGUGGCUACUGCGCGCCAGAGCGGCUCGUCCCGUUUUUCUGUUUGCAGCUGUCGUUGGGUUCUGCCCAUGAAUGCAAAUUUCUCUCGAGUCCGCCUUCCCUCCAGGAUCUUCUCCGUUCUACGUUGGGGCCGCAGCGGGUGGACGGCGUAGAAUGCCUACUUUGCUCUGCCGUAGCGACAUUGGAAAAGCUUCAGUGGCGCCUUCGGAGAGACCCUUUCUUGGGCGCAGCCCGCCGCCAUUUUAAUGCAUACUCUCGACCGGAAAAAGCGGAACCUGCAGAUUUCGACACUUCCAGAGACGGCCGAGAAGGCGACAAACCCCUGGCAAACUCCUCCGGUGUUCAAGUGCAACAACUCACGCCCACUCGUUCAAAACACACGCUGGGCGGUGUGUACGAGCCGAUCGCUUGUGGCGCGGCAGAGUCGGUAGCUACCGCGUCUGUAGAUUCCCUGGUGUCGUCCGACUUGGACAAACGGUUUCCGCCAGAGCUAGGCGUCCCGGGUUUGUUUUCACCGAUGUGGACAUUACCUGCGACUUUACUCCAAGGGUACGUCCACCGCUGGGCCGUCGUCGGGCAGCUGAAAAAGUUCUUUGCCCUCCGGGAAGGCUUGAUCGUGAGGGAAAAUUUGGGGCCAGAACGGGGUGCGCUGACGGCUUUACAGGUACCGUCACAGCCGCAGAGUUCAGAUGAAUCAGGGAUAUCCAAGGACCAUGGGACAAACGCAAAGGACGAGGACGGUAUGCUCGACGCCAUAAAGCUUUACGCCGGUGGAUUCUGGAACGCAGUUCGACGCCCGAAGGAAAAGGUUCAACGCGUUGAGCAGUUGCCACAAGUCCUCAUUAUCCAGCUCAGCUCAUUACACAUCACGCCAUAUGGGCAAAUAUACAAGCAGCUGGGACGCUGCUCCUUUCCUCUUGUAUUUGACGCGUCAUCACUUUUCGGGACUGCGAGUGAUCAUGCGAAAAGAAGACAUGGUUAUUUGCAUUGCGGCAGCUAUAGCUAUCCGCAGACCCCGCACAGCAAGCCGGGAACGCUUAGUCCGAAAUCUAAAGAGCGAGGGAUGGCAAACAUUGCAACCACCGACGAACCGCGAACUAGGCCAGUCGCCAAAUGGCAAUCUGGGAGUGUUGGGAGUGAGACAAAUGAAUGCCUACACAAGGAAAAGGUGAACACUUGGUCGAAAGGCCCGCUGUACGAGCUCAGGGCUGUCAUUAGUCACCUAGGUUGCUCUGCUUCAACUGGGCACUUCGUUUGCUACCGACGCUGGGAUGCCCGAACGUUCGGACCGGGACAUGGAGUUCGUUCUCUCCUAGAGGGAUUUUGUGCGAAUUCGGGCGUUCGGACGCCAGGUGCAAGUGCCGAAAAUGAAGGGAUUCAACUGCAGACUGAUUUGGGUUACCAUAGAAAUCCAGCGUUGUGCAAGCUUAAGGAGGAGAAAGAUAUACGCCCAACUGCUAGUGGCCAUUCGCUGUCGAGCCACCUUAGUACACCUAGCGCAGGCAGACCCAAUUCGGAAAGUGCGCCACUGGUUCUCAAAUCAGGUCCCGACCUCGUCGCCGAGAGUAUUUCCAGGUGUAUAGACGAGACCGUUCGCUUCCACAGUGCUUGCGUAGCGGGCAGGGAGGGAGAUGAUCUCCAAUCAGAAGAAAUGACCAAAAGCAAGGAUACUGGGCAGUACGACAAGCCCGACAGUCAUUAUCAAAGAGAUGCACUUGAUGCUCGCAACGCGUGGACCAAAGCGAGGCUGGAUACGUGGUUUCGCCGGAGCACCUUGCUAGGGGCGUCAAAUGCAUCGUUUGUUCGAGUGUCGGACUCCUGCGUUCGGCUUGUCAGUGUGGAGGAAGCCAUGACGACAGCACCGUAUCUUCUGUUCUACCAGGUUGCCUCACCUGCUGUCUGUUGAUCUUGGCCAUGUGUCACACGCCUGUCUUUUCUGAAGAGCGUUAGCAAAUGGCUUAUUGUCUGACGAUUACCUGCCAUAGUACUAAUUUGGAAACGGGCUCUCGCCAUUUUUAUAACGGGAUGGCUGUGAACCUCCGUGAGACCGAUAAACGAACACAGAAUAUGUUUCUGCGUUGUUUCCCCAGCCCGUUGGUUUGACGGAUCUCGGUCCCCGGCCCGCUGUGUUUUUCAACGAAAACUCAGAAAGGAGCCCACCAAUUGCGUGAUACUCUAUUGUCGUUGAGCAAACGAAGAUCCCGAGUUGAAAUUGCCUCACAGCAGCAACACAACCUUGCCCCAAGUAUCGCAUGAGUGUUUCCGACAUUCGGUUACGUUGACAGACUAUUUUCUGACGAAACAAUCGCUGGCCUCCAGAUGGUUCGGAUCAAUUGAACAGCCGUUUUCAAUAGGUAAUGUUCUCUUCGGUUUGGUAACGUGAGAAGCUGUCCGCAAAAAUGAGGCGUCCAGAUAAGCACUCGUCUACACUGGCAUACUCAAUUCUUGUGCCACAGGUAGUAGAGAGUUACAAGAGUUAUCGCUUUUGGCGAGGUGCAGGCGUAUGAAGGAUGACCAUCAACGGACUCAAACUCCCAUGAGUUGCACGCUGAUCUUUUUCUCAAGACAAACUAGACGGCUCCCUUCACGGAAUCUGAUAGGCUGCCUUCCCUGUCAUGACUUUGCCGAGGUUACUGGACACGCGUUGUAUCUGCAGUGCUUUCUGUGAGUAUGUGGUGGGUAGAUAGGGAGUCGCACAGUUCGUGCCUACAAAGAGGUGAUUUGGUGCAGUUUCUUGCUUGGAUUGCAAGUGAAGAAUGACUCCUGUUCCGUGACUGGCGGAUGUUCCUGUACGAGACCGUCUAAAGAACUGCGUG